AUGGAAACGGUAGUAGUCAAAGCGGAGCCACGCAGCCCCGGUAUCGGCCCUGAAUACAACAACCACCCCGACAGCCCAAUCACCGUUUUGAGCGACGACGAAGGCGACGACGACUUCGUCGUCGCAUACCAGGAGGAACGAGGGAGCCAAGGGGAAAUGGGUGCAGAGGUUGGAUGGGAAGGUUGGGGAGACAGAGACGAUGACAUGGAGGACGAGGAGGACCAGGAAGAUGAACAACUCGCUAUCACCACCACGAAUUCCAAGAGACAGCGCUUGGAGGCCAAAGACGAGCCUCUCGCUACCACCGUCAAGCGCCCUCGCCUUGAGCUCCCGCAUGGAGGCCUCCCUCGCCUUGAGGUCCCGCAUGGAGGCCUAUUGCGAUGGGAAGGCAAGAAGAAAUGCGUGAGGUGUUUCAAUAACAGCGACUCGCAUCCUCCUUUCAUCUGCGAGAGUCAAGUUCGGAAAGGUCGUGCGUUCGGUGGUUGCCUCGAGCUCGAAGGCGACAAGCUCGAAGGCCUCGAGCCCGGAGGCGACAAGCUCGAAGGCCUCGAGCCCGGAGGCGACAAGCUCGAAGGCCACGAGCUCGAACGCGACGAGACCAUCCGCCUCUUCGAGCAUGAAAGCCUCGAGCACGAAGAGUUCCUCGGGACUCACAACAAAACAACUCGAAUCCUGGAGACCGAUACCAUCGAGUCGGACACCGGAUCGUUACAGGGACAUCAAGCCGCCGAUACCGAGCAGUUCCGUGUGUUACGGCGGAAGUCGCUAAUGGGCGAUAGGUCCUAA